UAUGAUCUCUCUCGGUGUCACGUAACCUCGUAAUCAUCUUUAACACAAGCCCGAUCGUCCUUAUCUGCCAGCAAAUCGAUAGGUUCAUGAGUUUUACACGUGCCCACAAGCCAAAGUUGUGAUCAUCUCUUUUGAUUCUCAUCUCUGCCUCUCUCUGAAUUAUCAGGCUCGGCAUAACUUCUUGGUGACUUCCAUGGCUUCAUCCGUCUCUGAUCAGUCCGUACAGCCUCAAGAUGUUUGUGUUGUGGGAGUGGCGAGAACGCCUAUGGGAGACUUCCUAGGCUCUCUCUCUUCUAUAACUGCCCCAAGACUCGGCUCCAUAGCGAUUGAAGCCGCACUUAAGAGAGCAAACGUUGAACCGGCUCUUGUGGAAGAGGUUUUCUUUGGCAAUGUCUUAACCGCCAAUCUUGGGCAAGCGCCAGCAAGACAGGCUGCACUUGGUGCUGGGAUUCCCUAUUCAGUGAUCUGCACCACUGUCAACAAAGUCUGUGCUGCUGGGAUGAAAGCCGUAAUGUUAGCGGCUCAAAGUAUCCAGCUCGGUUUGAAUGAUGUUGUUGUGGCUGGUGGGAUGGAGAGCAUGUCAAACGUACCAAAGUACCUCCCAAACGCAAGAAGGGGUUCACGAUUAGGACAUGAUACUGUUGUUGACGGUAUGACGAAAGAUGGACUUUGGGAUGUGUACAAUGACUUUGGAAUGGGAGUUUGUGGUGAAAUAUGCGCUGACCAGUACCGUAUUACAAGAGAAGAACAGGAUGCUUAUGCUAUACAGAGCUUUGAGCGUGGUAUUGCUGCACAAAACGCUCGGUUGUUCGCUUGGGAAAUUGUUCCGGUUGAGGUUUCUUCUGGAAGAGGGAAGCCAUCUGUUGUUAUUGACAAGGAUGAUGGAAUUGGGAAGUUUGAUGCUGCCAAGUUAAAGAAGCUUAGACCAAGCUUCAAGGAGGAUGGGGGAUCAGUCACUGCUGGAAAUGCAUCAAGUAUAAGUGAUGGUGCGGCAGCGUUAGUGCUAGUUAGUGGAAAGAAGGCUAUUGAACUUGGAUUGAAUGUUAUAGCUAAGAUUAGAGGAUAUGCUGAUGCUGCUCAGGCACCUGAGUUGUUCACAACCACGCCGGCACUUGCUAUUCCUAAAGCUAUAAUGCGUGCUGGUUUAGAUGCAUCUCAAGUUGAUUACUAUGAAAUUAACGAAGCUUUCUCUGUUGUAGCUCUGGCCAAUCAGAAACUGCUGGGGUUAGAUCCUGUAAGUCAUGAAACAAAUACAGUUACGCAGGGCUGGAUUAGAAAAUUUAGAGGCCGCACGGUUGAAUGCACAUGGAGGGGCUGUUGCAUUGGGACAUCCACUGGGAUGCAGUGGUGCUCGCAUUUUAGUCACAUUACUGGGUGUAUUGAGAGCAAAGAAGGGAAAGUAUGGAGUGGCAUCAAUAUGCAACGGAGGAGGAGGAGCAUCAGCACUUGUUCUCGAGUUCAUGUAAGCUUCCCUCUUUUAACUCUGGUCGGAGAAGACAAUCGGGAAGUACACCAAGAGUGAGAAGGGCAAGGCGUUGGAGGAAUGAAGGAUAAUGAAGUGAAGUGGAAACUUCUAUCUGAAAGAGAGGGUUUGCCGUUACCACUAAUAAACGACUACUUGUUCUAUAAAGGGUCGAGAACGUUUCUAUUUUAGCCUUAUGCUUUGUUUGUUGAAAGUGAGUGACGCUAUGAGUCUCUCUUCACGAUCGUCAUGAGAUCGAUGAUUCGUUUUACUUUCGUUAUGAGAUUGUAAUUCGAAUUGUACUUUCAAAGCUGAAUCUAUACAAAUAUUCCUUUCUUCCUA